AUGAAAUUCCUUACCGUUGCCUUUGUCAUUGCUGCCUUCCUGAUUGUCAGCAUCGCUGCCGGUGAUAAGUACACCACGAAAUAUGACAACAUCGAUGUUGAUAAUAUUUUGAAAUCGGAACGUCUUUUGAAUAAUUAUCUGAAUUGUUUGAUGGACAAGGGCAGCUGCACGCCAGAGGGUGCAGAAUUGAAAAAAGCCAUACCCGAUGCCCUGAAGACGGAAUGCAGCAAAUGCAGUGACAAGCAAAAGAAAGCUGUCGAUAAGGUGGCCCACUUUUUGAUCGACAACAAGCCGGAGCAGUGGAAACAAUUGCAGGCCAAAUACGAUCCCGAUAAUGUUUACUAUGGCAAAUACAAGAAACAUUUGUAAGCUGCAGCAGGA